AUGCCCUCGACUCGUGCACAAUCCUCGAAGGAGGCCCAUCAGGACACUGUGCACACAAAGGCGGAAGAGAAGCCAAACAACGGAAAACAUGGCAGUGGAAACGGGGAGCCUGCAUCCAUCGGCCAGGGCACGGAAAAGAGUGAAAGCACUGAGAAAGACGUAAAGAUCGUCCCAUCAGUACCACAUAAGCGCAAAACAAGUGAGGCUGAUAAAGGGGCAACUUCGCCUCCACCAGCAAAGGCGGCGCGGCAGUCUCCCUCUCCCAAGGCGGAGGCCGAUGAGGCCGGGUCAUCACCAACAGCCUCACAAGUCCUGCACUUUCUCCUAUCUGACACACCCCUACCCUACACAGUCCCGGAGAGCGAGGCGUCCACCCCGAAGGAGGUCCGCAUCUACGCCUCGGCGCGGCUCAGCGCCUUCGAGGAGCUGCUGGCCGCCGUGGUGCUCUCGCGGCCCAUCUCGCACAGGCUCGGUCAGCGCACCAUUCGGACCAUGCUCAAUGAGCCGUACAGCUUCCACACGCCGGGCGCCAUCAGGAAGGCCGGGAAGGACAAGGUCCUCCAGUCGCUGUGGGACGCGCGCACGCAGCACAAGGACAAGACUGCAGAUCAGGCGUUCGGGCUGGCCGAGGUUGUCACGGAGAUGUGGGCCGAGUCGGACGACGACGGGAGCCUCGACGCCUGCAGAGAGCAGGCCGGACAUGAUGUGGAGAAGGAGCGCGAGUGGCUGAAGAAAUCCGUCAAGGGGCUCGGUGAUACCGGGUUGGAUAUCUUCUGCCGGCGAGUCCAGUGGCUCUGGGAGGAGUUGUACCCAUUCGUGGAUAAGCGCACCGCUGAUGCUUUGGAGGAGCUGGGGUUGCCGAAGACAGCGGAAGAUCUCAGGGACUUGAUAGCAAGCGAAUGGGCUGCGCUAGAGAUUGGGGACCUUGGAGUCGAGGAUGAGGACCAGCGAAAGAGACGAGCUUUUGUCCUGGUGCUUGAGAAAGCUGUCGGGGCGAGCCUGGAGAAAGGCGUAGAAAAGGUCAAGAGGGAGGCUGCGAAGUCGACGUAG